AGAGAAGAAGCAAAGGAAGAUCAAAGAUAUCCCUUUCUUUUCUUUGCAAAGAUUACACCUUUAAGCAAACAAACAAACCCUUCCUUCUCUCUCCCUCUCUUAAACCCAAAUUUCCGCCAUUAAAAACCCUCUUUUCUUGCUCCUCUCCACUUCUUAUUUUCUCUUCAGAAUCUGCUUCAGAACACAAAAGGGUUUCAGGAUUAAUGUAUCACAAACAAUCCCACAGCAACAGUUCUCUUUUUAGAGAAUCCAUUAAAACCCUUGAAGCUCAUAUUCACCAUGCCAAUGCCCUAGCAUCUGCUCUACCUCCAGAUGAUGAAGGGGAUUCCGUUCGAAUGAAAUUAUCAUACGGCACUUUUGCUCCAUUUUUGCUCUAUUUGAUUGACUGGAUGGACUACAGCUGUACAGAUUCGCUUCCAAACUAUCUUGGCCUUCUUCAUAUACUCGUUUACAAGGUUUACGUUGAUGGCAUUCAAACAAUGUCGUCCCAGGAAAGAAAAGCUACACUUAGAGAAUUCUAUGCUGUUAUAUACCCUUCGCUCAAACAACUGGAGGAUUAUUUGAUUGAACUGAGGGAUGAUGAUGAUGAUGAUGAUGACAAGAAAAGCCAUUGUAAAGACGUUGAAAGCGAUGAUGAAUGUGGGAUAUGUAUGGAAACAUGUGAUAAAAUGGCGAUGCCUAAUUGUGGCCACUCAAUGUGCAUUGGGUGCUUUCGUGAUUGGAACAUGAGGUCUAAGUCAUGCCCAUUCUGUAGAGGAAGCUUAAAGAAGGUGCAUUCGGGAGACUUAUGGGUUUUGACCAAUGAAAGCGAUUCAGUUGACCUAAUCACUCUAGCUAAAGAGAAUCUCAGAUGCUUCUAUCUUUACAUUGAGAGCUUACCAUUUGUUGUUCCAGAUACCCAUUUCUUGCUAUAUGAAUAUCUGAUAUGAAUGAACCGGUCUUUAAAAGGAUGAUUCCAAAAAGGUAGGGUUUUCACUUUCCAAAAUGUAGUGCAUUUGCUAUUUGCAGAUUAUUGUAUAGUUUAUCUGUAUUUAGCGAAUCUAUAUGUAAUUAAAGCAACAUUUGACUCGGCCUUUUUUUGGGACCCGAGCAUUGUAAUGGAAAUGGUGAAAGAUUGUAGUUUUUCUUUUCUUUAUGGUGUUCACAAAUCAAUGGAAAUGGAAAAAAAAUGACCUUACUUCA